CACUCGUCCUCACAUUCACAGAAAAAGUGUCAAACUCCAAAAUGGCGUAUAUCGUCAGUGUAAACACCCAGUUUUUGUUAGUGAAUGAAAAGAAAAAUUAAAGAAUUCUGGCUGGACAGUUAAUUGCUAUCUUCUUUUUAUUGUUUCUUUACGGUGCGAGGAAAUAAAUUGAAUGUUUAUCCAAAUGUCCGCAAUCACACACUCUAUGCCAGGAAUCGAUCCAUGCAAGAUGGCUCAGAAGCGAAGCAUUGACAGUAUAGGGAAACUGUAAACGCGGAUUGUCCGUAAAAGUAGCUUUUAUAUGGGAGCUUCGUUUACGUGUAAGACGACUACAUUGGAAAUCGGCCAGGUGACGAUGUAUGAUGACCAAUCUUGGAUUCAGACGCGUUUGAUAAGCCGGAAGUUACGCUUAAUGUAUCGGUGACGCAACAUUUAUUUACAACGAUUUAUAGACUCCUUCACUUCUUGCAUUUUAUGAUCCGAUGAGGACGAUCCAAGUGGAGCAAAAUAUCGAAGAAUGGAGGACGACAAUAUGCAGGACAAAGAGAGAUUUGCCAGUAGGGAGAAUCAUUGCGAAAUUGAGCGGCGACGGCGGAACAAGAUGACCGCCUACAUCACCGAGUUAUCGGACAUGGUUCCGACAUGUUCAGCCCUAGCACGGAAGCCGGACAAAUUGACCAUUCUUCGGAUGGCCGUUGCUCACAUGAAAAAUUUAAGGGGUACUGGAAACACAAGUGCUGAUGGAACGUACAAACCCUCUUUCUUGACUGAUCAAGAAUUGAAACACUUGAUUCUUGAAGCUGCGGAUGGAUUCCUCUUCGUUGUUAGUUGUGAUACCGGCAGAAUCAUUUAUGUUUCCGAUUCUGUUGCACCUGUUUUAAAUUAUUCCCAAAGUGAUUGGUACGGAACUAGUCUGUAUUCCCAGGUUCAUCCGGAUGACACAGAAAAAGUUCGGGAACAACUCAGCACCGCGGAACCUCAACACGCUGGGAGAGUUCUUGACCUGAAGACUGGAACCGUCAAAAAGGAGGGUCACCAAUCCUCGGUGAGAUUAUGCAUGGGAUCCAGGCGAGGUUUCAUUUGCCGCAUGAAGGUUGGGAAUCUGCAAACUACUGGCGAUAUGGCUGCAGCACAUGGUCUUCAUCGCAUGAAACAAAGAAAUUCUCUUGGUCCCGCAAGAGACGGACAAAGUUACGCCGUUGUCCACUGUACGGGGUAUAUUAAAAAUUGGCCCCCCUCCGGUGAGUUUGGUGAUUUUGUUCCUCAAUGUGUACCAGGUGUGGGGUUAGGUGACAGGGGCGGUCAACCUGGACCGGAUGGUGUUGUCGGUGAUGAUAACUCGACACAUUAUUGUCUUGUUGCUAUUGGGAGAUUACAAGUUACUAGUACCCCGAAUACAAGUGACUUGGCUGGCUCCAAUAGUAAUAGUGAAUUCAUCUCUCGUCACACUGAGGAAGGGAAAUUUACUUUUGUGGAUCAGAGGGUUGGUGGAAUUUUAGGAUAUUCACCGUCCGAACUUUUGGGUCAUCCUUGCUACGAGUUCUUUCAUCCGGAUGAUCUUCCUCAUAUGCGAGGCAAUUUUGAAGAAGUUAUAAAAAUGAAGGGACAAGUAUAUGCAUGGAAUUAUCGGUUUCGAGCCAAAAAUCGCGAUUGGGUAUUUUUAAGGACAUCUGCUUAUUCUUUCGUAAAUCCAUUCACCAACGAUGUGGAGUAUAUCGUCUGUACAAAUCAAUUACUUAAACAUUUCCAUCCUGGAAGUGAAGGGCAACCGGAGAAUGAAACCGUGGCUUAUGGUCAGCCUGGAUUGGACUAUUCUCUUCAGAGACAUCCAACUCGUGAUGCAAUUUAUCCUACACAGCAUAUGAUGCAGCAUCCAGCAGCCGUAGCUACUGCAGUUACAGGUCCGCAACAAGCCAGACCGUCAAGCACACAGAAUGUUUAUCAAGGAUAUGAAACCACACAAUCUCCAAUCGCUUAUGGUUCCCCUGGUCAGCAGAGUGCAUCGUCUUCGGUUUUGAAUCGAAUACAGAAACCAACCAACACUUCUCCGACACCUGUUCAACAAUCUUGGGCUAUUGGUCGACAGCAACCUGUGACGGAAGGUUAUCAGUAUAGUCAAUUAAGUCCCUCUAGAUCUCCGAGUGGUCCGACGUACACUCAACUGAGCAGUGGUGCGAGAACUCCUGCUACACAAUAUCAUGCUGUUACAACUGUGCCUAAUAAUCCAGGAAUGUGGGGAUGGCAAGGACAACAGCAUCAAGCACAACAACAAGAUAAUGGUCAGAAUUCCGCUCAAGUAACUGGACAAGCUCAACAGUCUCACGCCACAGCAAAUGCACCUGGUCCCCAACCUCAAGAGUUGUCUGAUAUGUUGCAAAUGCUCCAGGAUCAAGGAGGAGCUUCUGGAUUUGAAGAUCUGACCAUGUUCAAUGCCAGUUUUUAGUAGCAGGUAAAUAAUUAAAGUGAAAAAGCUCCUGUUCAAUAGAAUUCUCCAAUUUUUAAUUCGUCAGCGAUUGUUGCGAUAAUUUGCAAUCACUUCUUAUAAAUUAGUUAGUGAAUCACCAGCUCUAAGUUUUACGCUGCAGCCCAAGUAAAAAUGCAAAUUACAUUGCACAAUAACUUUUUUUCAAAAUAUUUACAAUGCUCGACAAUUUGUCGAGGAAACCGAUUUUUUAUACGUAUCGCAUAAAAGUAUAAAUAAUGUCUUGUAGUAAAUAUUGUCUGCUCGUGAACUCUGGUAAACGAUUAUUUACGAAAAAAUGAACGAACGUACGAGUGUGUUGAAAUUUCUGUAAAAGUGCCAUUAGUAGUAUGGACUGGAAAUAUCGCUUAAGAUUUGAUAAUUCAAACAUGUGUCGAUUUAAAGUAAUCAUGAUUUAUAGCAAACAUGGAUGAUCGGAGCCUUUAAAUAUUGUUAUAUUUAUAGAUAAGUCGGUAGCCACUUUUAACGCUGCAUAGGCACCAUCUGUGAAUGACAUUGACUAUUAUAUAUAAAUAUAUAUAUAUAUAUAUAUAAUUCCUAUUACAUUCGUAAUUACAAGUACAUAGUUAAACAUUAGUGAGUAAUUCUGAAAUUUUGAGCGACAUUUUAUCGCCUCAAUUUAAAACAAAAUUUUGCAAAUGUGUCACGCAAAAAUUUUUAAACACAUUGUUUUUUUAGUUCUAUUGACUCGCAAAGAAAAAUGAUAAAUCAAAAUCAACCAGAGAA